UGAAGAACUCAUAACUAAACCCAGUCAACGUUCACUUGCCACCCGCGUUUCACUUUUCAAAGGAUUACAGCUAGGAGGUGAAGAUGUGAUUCUGACUGCAGUUUCAUCUUCAGGGAUUUGGCUUUUCCUUCUGUUUGGGGGAGGCGGCUUGACACCUCCUUCACCCACAGCCCAGGGGACCCGGGGGGCCUCCCCCCACCUUUGACUGUGCCUCCAUUCUUGCUCCAGGCAGCACUUCAGGCUCUGACCUGUCGGUGGAACCUGCUCUGUGGAUGAAGGGUACACCUGGGACCAGGGAGGAUGGUGGAGCUUCCUGGAUACAGCCUGUCUGGUGUGUUUGCCUCCUUCUUCUUUAUACUUCUCAGCAUGAAGCAAUCAGAUGACUUCAGAGUGACGGGUUCUGCCCAUCCUAUCCUGGCCAUGGUCGGGGAAGAUGCCCUCCUCACUUGUCAACUCCUUCCCAAGAGGACCGCAAUGCACAUGGAGGUGAGGUGGUACCGCUCGGAGCCCAGCACUCCUGUGUUUUUGUAUCGGGAUGGAGAUGAGGUAACGGAGAUACAGAUGGAGGAGUACAGAGGCCGGGUAGAGUGGAUAGAAGACAGCAUCACUGAGGGAAGCGUGGCUCUGAAGAUUCACAGCCUCCAGCCAUCCGAUCAUGGGCAGUACUGGUGCCGUGUCAAAGACGACAACUACCUUGCAGAAACAAGCCUGCUACUCCAAGUAGCCAAUCUGGGGUCUGACCCUUACAUCCACAUGGACGGAUCUGUGGAAAGUGGACUCCAGCUUGUGUGCACUGCAAAGGGCUGGUUCCCGGAACCUCAGGUUUCCUGGCAAGACAUCAAGGGAGAAAAGUUGCUGACUUUCUCUAAUUAUAACUUCCAAGAUGAAGAUGGCUUGUUUUAUGUAGAAAGCACUCUUGUGGUCAGGGAUGCCUCUACAGAGGCUGUGUCCUGCUUCAUCCACAACCCCUCACUCGCCGAGGAGAAGGGCUCAGAUGUCUCCAUCCCAGAAAAACUCCAAACAGAGCUGGCUUCCUUAAAAGUGAUUGGACCUUCCCAGCCCAUCCUUGUUAGAGUGGGAGAAGACAUACAGUUAACCUGCUCCCUGGCCCCAAAGACUGAUGCACAGAGCAUGGAGGUGCGGUGGGUCCGAUCCCACCGUCAUCCUGCUGUUUACGUCUAUACGGAUGGGGCCCAUGUGGCUGGAGAGCAGAUGGCAGAGUAUCGGGGGAGGACUGUGCUGCUGAGUGAUGCUAUCAGUGAGGGGAGGCUGACCUUGCAGAUAAACGAUGCCAGGACUUCAGAUGAUGGGAAGUAUCGGUGCCUUUUUGAAAAAGACGGGGUCUACCAGGAGGCCGAUUUGGAUCUGAAGAUCAUAGGUCUGGGUUCUUCCCCUCAAAUCUCCAUGGAGGGACCGAAGGAUGGAGAAGUAAAGCUAAAGUGCACUUCGGAAGGCUGGUUCCCACAGCCCCAAAUGCAAUGGAGGGACAUGGAAGGAAACACAAUACCAUCAUCUUCCCAGGACCUGACUCAAGGCAGCCAGGGGCUAUUUCAAGUGGAGGCAUUUCUACUGGUCACAAACAGCUCUGUUGUGAAUGUGACCUGCUCCAUCAGCAGCCCCUUUAUUGGCGAGGAGAAAAAGACAACUUUUUCUACUUCAGAGUCCAGGAUGAUUUAUUCAUGGAACAUACUGCUGAUUUGGGGAUUGCUUCUUCUUCUUCUUGUUGGAGUUGUAGGCUUGAUCUGGAGGAAAAACUGCAGAAAAGGUUCUUCUGAAUCUUUCCUGCACCCAAAGGAGUCUCAGCAGCACCUCCAAGGAGAACACAAAGAUUUGGAAAAAGUCUUAAAGUCUUCUGAAGUGAGACUGAGGGACACCUCCGAAUGACAGACUGCACUUUCUAAGAAGGCAGACAUCACGAUUUUCACUGUCCUUUGAAGAUUAUUCAUCUGUGACAUUCUGGAAUUUUCUCUUUUGGAUCAUGUUUUUUUUUUUUCCAUACUUAAACUCAAAUUUAUAUUUGAAGUUAUGUACUGUAAUAUUCUAGUAUGUAAUAUUAUUCUUUCACAAGUGUAUUCACGCUUAUUUUAUUUAGCUUUAAAAUUUUUCCAAUUGUGGUAAAAUACACACAAAAUUCAUCAUUUUAGUCAUUUUAGAGUGUCUAAUUCUUGUUGUUGUUUUAACUAAAAGGGAACCAAAAUCCAUAAACAGUUUUCAGGGCUUUAUUCAGACUCUGAUUUUACAGUUUCUUGAAGAGAGAAAUCUCAAUGGCAGAAUGCAAAAUGGGAAAGAUGCUAUUAGUAAGAUGAGAAAGAUAUGUAAUUGCUGAAAUGAUGUCUCAAAUCUGAAUUCAAUUAAGAUUAGGAAGGAAUGUAAUCAAAGUGUAUUUAAUUUUCCUAUCCAUUAAAGUUUUAAGGAAAAGAAUAAAGUGUCCAAGACAUCAGUAUUUUUUCCAUUCACAAUACGUGCAACCAUCAUUAGUAUUCAGUUCCAGAAUAUUUUCAUCUGAAAGGAAACUCCAUCACCGUUAAGUAGUCAUACCCAUUUGCCCCUCCCUCCAGCCUCUAGUCCACCUUGUUUCUGUAAAUUUGCCUAGACUGGGUAUUUCACAUAAAUGGAGUCAUAAAAUACUGUGCAUAGACUUUUGGUGUGUCUGUAAUUUUUUUUUUUUUUUUUUUUUUACUUAGUAUGGUGUUUUUAAAGUUCAUCCAUGUUGUCAAAUAUUCCAGUACUUCAUUUCACCUUUUUUUCAUUAAAAGAUUUUAUUUUUUAAGAGUUUUUUUCCAGGUUUACAGCAAAAUUGAGUGGAAAAUCCAGAGUAUUCCCAUAUCCCUCCCCUCUCAUCCUUUAGUUUCCUCUAUUAUCAACAAUUUGCAUUGGUGUGGUGCAUAUGUUACAACAUAUGAACCAAAAUUGAUACAGUACUUUCAACUUAAGUCUAGGGUUUGCUUAUGUGUCAUACACACACACACACACACACACACGCACACACACACUCACACACACACACAUAGGCUUUCCUGGUAGCUCAGAGGUAAAAGAAUCUGCCUACAAUGUAGGAGCCGCAGAGGAUGAGGGUUCA